AUGGCUCAGUACUUCUACUCAACCUGGUGUGAAAGCGGUGGCUUAGCGAGGUCGGAAUCUGUUGACGGAAUUCUAGCUGGUGGUUUUGCGGAUUGUGAGGUGCAUACGGUGUUUGAGAAGUUUCGGGGUGCUGUAGAACGUCGAGCCGGUAGUAGGACCGGGCACAUCAAGCAGACGGCCUUCGGUGGAACGGAUCGGUUAAUUGAAGGAACUGUGCAACGAGGAUUGUUUUCGAACCGAGUCUCGGACAUCUUGGAGAGUGGUUAUAAGAUCGCCAUCGGGUCAACCCUCGUCUCGGCCCACAAGGGGCAGGUGAGAAUUCAGAAUAGCCAGACUGGACGAAGGCGUAAUAGUACGCUCCAGGUUCAGCAGCCUAACUGUGAGCAUGGGAAAACGCAGCCAAACCGAGAGGAAAUGGAGGGAUUGCAACAGGACGAAACGCAACAACGAGGAUCAAAGAGAAGUCUCACGGAACGGGAUGAUAGCGAGGAUGAAUUCUACGGGUUCCCGUCCAGUGCAGAGCAACCGUUGCCAGCAAGUAGUGAGUUGCAUCCCAAAUCCUUGCAGCAGCAGUUAGGACAGCAUUCUACAUCUCAAACCUCAGUGCUACGAAGAUCAAGCAGAUUAAAAAAGAAGAAAAUUGACGACGCUUUUGUCUAUACAAAAUGAACUAAAAUAUUUAUACAAUUUAAUGAAGUAUGAAAUAAUAUUUUGAACUUGUACAUAAACUUUCUUAAUUCAAUCAAAGGGGGAAGGUAUUGUUGAGUAUGACGAUUUCGUUCAGUGCACCUAUGGGAAGCGAAUACCGCCGACGGCGGAUAUCAUAAUCAAUAUGCUUGUAGUUGUAAGAUACUAUUGGAUACAAUGUUUACUGUUGUUGUUGAUAGCCCUUUUGAAGAAGAAAUACAAUCACCUAUUGUUGACAUGGGAUAUAAAUAAUACGAA